GUGUUCCGACCCGCUAGGUUCCGCGCGGCUCGGAUCCGGCGCCGCUGCUACGGCCGGGAGUGGGUGGAGGAGAAGCCGGGGCAGGGGAGGAGCCGCCGGAGCUGCCGGAGCCGUCCCUUGGGAGAAACUUGAAGUGUCCAGGCGGAGACGGGGAUUUUUCCUGUGAGCUCUAAAUGGUGUGAGAUCAUCCCAGAGCCAGAAAUGGCUACAGUCUUGGAACUAGAGGACCAGGAUCUUUGGGAAGAAGAGGGAAUUCUGAUGGUCAAACUGGAGGAUGAUUCAAUCUGCAGGCCAGAGUCUAUCUUACAGAGGGAUGACCCUGUGCUGGAAACCUCUCACCAGAACUUCCGAUGUUUUCGCUACCAAGAAGCUGCAAGCCCUCGAGAAGCUCUCAUCAGACUCCGAGAACUUUGUCAUCAGUGGCUGAGGCCAGAAAGGAGGACAAAGGAGCAGAUCCUAGAGCUGCUUGUGCUAGAGCAAUUCCUCACCGUCCUGCCUGGGGAACUACAGAGCUGGGUGCGGGGCCAGCGGCCAGAAAGUGGCGAGGAGGCAGUGACGCUGGUGGAGGGUUUGCAGAAACAACCCAGGAGACCAAGGCGGUGGGUGACUGUCCAUGUUCAUGGCCAGGAAGUCCUGUCAGAGGAGACAGUGCACUUAGGGACAGACCCUGAGUCAUCUUGUGAGCUGCAGGAUGCGGCACAGACCUCAAGCCCUGAGCAAUUCCAUGAGGAAGCCACCCGGAACCCAGAUCUGGGGAUGCCAGAAGAGCGGAGCCUGCGCCAUGAAGAGGAGUUCCAGCCCCUGCAGGAGAGCGAGGUUCCAGUGUACCAGGACUCAGACCUUCCUGCAGAGAGGAAUUCUGGAGACCCAGAGAUGGUUGCCCUUCUUACUGCUCUGUCACAGGGCCUGGUAACCUUCAAGGAUGUGGCUAUAUGCUUCUCCCAGGACCAGUGGAGUGAUCUGGAUCCAACACAGAAAGAAUUCUAUGGAGAAUAUGUCCUGGAAGAAGACUGUGGAAUUGUGGUCUCUCUGUCAUUUCCAAUCCCCAGACUAGAUGAUAUCUCCCAGGUUAGAGAAGAAGAGCCUCAGGUCCCAGAUAUCCAUGAGCCUCAAGAGCCUGAAGAGCCAGAAAUCCUGAGUUUUACCUACACAGGAGAUAGGAGUGAAGAUGAGGAAGAGGGUAUUGAGCAAGAAGAUCGGAGUUUAGAGGAUAUGCACAGGUCUGUUUUGGGAGAUCCAGAAAUUCAUCAGACACCAGAUUGGGAAAUAGUCUUUGAAGAUUAUCCAGGUAGACUUAAUGAAAGAAGAUUUGGUACAAAUAUUUCUCAAGCUAAUAGUUUUGUGAAUCCUCGGGAAACCGUUCCUGUCCACUCCCUGUUAGGGAGGCACCAUCACUGUUCUGUAUGUGGGAAAAACUUCACAUGUAACUCCCACCUUAUUAGGCACCUGAGAACUCACACAGGAGAGAAACCAUAUAAAUGUAUGGAAUGUGGAAAAAGUUACACACGGAGCUCACAUCUUGCCAGGCACCAAAAGGUUCACAAGAUGAACACUUCUUACAAAUAUCCCCUAAACCGAAAAAAUGUAGAUGGGACUGCAUCUCUGAUCCAGGCUGAGAGAACUCCACCCGUGGAGAAACCCUACAGAUGUGAUGACUGUGGAAAGCAUUUCCGCUGGACUUCAGACCUUGUCAGGCAUCAGAGGACACAUACAGGAGAAAAGCCAUUCUUCUGUACUAUUUGUGGCAAAAGCUUUAGCCAGAAAUCUGUGCUAACAACACACCAAAGAAUCCACCUAGGGGGCAAACCCUACUUGUGUGGGGAGUGUGGAGAGGACUUCGGUGACCACAGGCGGUAUCUAGCACACCGGAAGACACAUGCAGCUGAGGAGCUCUACCACUGCAGUGAGUGUGGGCGCUGCUUCAACCAUAGUGCAGCAUUUGCCAAGCACCUGAGGGGACAUGCCUCAGUGAGGCCCUGUCGGUGCAACGAAUGUGGGAAAAGCUUCAGUCGGAGGGACCACCUCGUCAGGCAUCAGCGAACACACACAGGAGAGAAACCAUUUACCUGCCCUACCUGUGGGAAAAGCUUCAGCAGAGGAUAUCACUUAAUCAGGCAUCAGAGGACCCACUCAGAAAAGACCUCCUAGCUUGGUGCCCAUGUGAGAUCUGUACUUAGUCCUCACCCAGGAUGAGAUGGGAGAAGGGACCUUUUCUAAACUCUUCCUAACCCACCCAGACCAUAAAUAGCCUCCUCCCACCACCAAAUAAAAGUUCCAGGAAGAACCACUUAAUCUUCUGUAUCUUGAGGAGAUAUUUUAUCCAAAGUACAGCCUGAAUUGAGGCUUUUCCACUGGAAGGCUCCUCCUGCCUCUAUCUCAAGGGUAUGAAGUAGGAGAGUUAGAAGAUUUAAGAGGUUAUUACAUUUUCUGGAAAACAGACUGUUACAUAUCCUCGAGACUACUUACCAGCCUCAAGUUUAAAAUAGCCAAGGACAACCCCUUCAGUUUGGUAAGGGACCAGCCUAAAGGGUACUGUCCUUACUGGGCUCAAAUCUUAAAGCACACAGCACUGAACUCAAGACCAAUUUUUGUCCUGGUAGCUUUGCCACACACAGGAUAACUACAGAUCCUUCACUGUCUGACUCACUUCUUCACCAUUUGGAUCUUGGCAAGCUGCUCCUUUCCCCAUUGUCAAAAUGAUACUGGUGCCAGAAAUUAGAAAGGAAGGUCUCAUCAGAAGUCUCUUCCUUGUCUUUUUUGUUGUUACUGUUAUUUGUUUUGUUUUUGUUCCCUGUCUAAAUGCUCAUGCCUCUGGCCUUCCUACUCUUCAACCAGUCUAAUCUCUUGGUUGUAUGCCUGGCACUUCUGCAAGUGAGAUGUAGCACUGUAGUGCUGAGGGAUUCAGUAAAGCAUAAUUAAAUCUUAAUGAAAUCAUUUACGUUCCCACAUAUGUAGAAGCUCACCCUUUCCCUCUCUCCUUUGCUUGGGUUGUGAGGGGUUUUGAACAGUAUCCAUCUACAAAGGCACUUAUAACAAUAACAGAACCAUGAUUGACUGGGUCACUUCAUUUACAUGAAGAAAAUUGGAGAGGAUCUAAGAUUAAACUAUGGAAAAAUAGGGAAAAAAAUGUUGCUGCAGGCCAAGACCAUCAGUAAUAUUUUCCUGACACACAGUCCCAAUCAUCCCUGCCUCAGUUCCUAAUGUCAGGGGAAAUUAUGAAACCCAGCACCCGGGACCCUGAGGAGUUAACUAGGAGUAAAUGGCUUUCAUGUUUCUGUGUUUGCUUUUCCUUAUGUGAUUUUAUUUUCAUGUAAUUAAGAACUAAAUAGUAAUAUCUCCUGGUGGUCCAAGGGUCUCUAUCUAUUCAAAACUCCAUGGAGAUGAGCCGAAUAAUUAUGAACCUCACCUGCUCGGAUCCUGGGAGUGUCAAAGACUGGAGAGACAUCCUCUAUAAAUGGUGCGCAGGGUAUGAGAUUAAAGCAUGGAGGGGAGACAGUCUUCUGUGCCUGAUUUCUUCUGCUUCUAUCACAAUCCAUUGUAUGCUGGUAUAGACCAGAGGAAUACAGUGGGUUGAAUGGACCUUCCCUUAACAGCCCAACAAAGAAAUUUUUUAGCCAUUAAUAAUAUUGGACUGGUUUGGUUUUAAUACCAGUUCUAGAAUUGUCCUAGAAAUAUGCACAAAUGAAAUAAAAUAACACUGGCAGUCAAA